AUGCUAUUAUUGUGUGAGUAUGAUGUGGUGGAAGCAUAUUGCCAAGCGAUUCGACGAUUGUCCCGAAAUAUAGUCGAGCCCCAGCUGUUCAUAUCUGCGCUCAUUAAAAACGUCCCCAAGUCGAUAUUUGAGAUCUUGAACACCCCACCUUUAUACGAUGCUUUGGACACUUCGCAGAAAUUUGAACUCCUGUGUCGUGGAAUAAAAUUGGCACCAGCGGCGUCACACAUCGCACAACUUGAAGGCAUUCUGAAAAAGUUGAAAACGCAACAAUUAGAAGCGUUGACGCAAUUGAUAACCCCAAAGACGUUGACGUUCAACUGCAUCGCGAUGAUAAGCGAGAAUGCUAAGUACGAUUUGUACGAUUUAUAUAUCAAAGCAAUUUUACUGCAAAAGCUGCCUGUGAUGGAGAGAACGCCAAGCGCGUUUAUUACUUUGAUGCAUUCACUCGAUGAUCCACUUUUCGACUUUUCGCGAACAUACAUCUUUUUGACACAAAACAAUUACAUCAUCGAGUCCGCCACUUUGCUGUAUCUGUUUGAGCAAACUGGAAGUGCGCUUGAGUACUUACUGGACAAAGUGUAUAAUGCAGUCAACCGAGAAGACAUCGAGCAUUUCAUCAUCGACAUCAUCCACGAUUUCACAGAGGAAAAGUUAAGUACUUUCUUGCGAACAAAUUUGGUCGUGUGUUCCAAGUUGCUUCAAUUUGUUUUCGAAACUCCAAAAAUAGAGUUUGAGGCUUAUGAAGUCACACUAAUCAACCAAAUAUACUUUGAGUGCGUUGUGGAUAACAGCAAAACAGAAGAAAAUAAAAGUGACGAACAAUUUAUGGUCGAUAAGAUGACCGCAAGCAUCGACGGGACAUCACAACGACUGAACACUAAACUCAAGUCACAAGCAGACUUGAUUGUGUUUUGUCCGAAGAAACACAAAUACGUCGGAAAUGGGCUAAAGCAGAAAGCCCUUGCUGUGAGUAAGAAUGCAAAUAUUGAAGAAGAUGUCAUCAAAAGGAUGAAUGAAAAGAUUGAGAGCUUUGAGAAUUGCAUGAAAGAAAAGGUCAUUUGCCCGCUAUGUGUGAAAGCUACAGCUGAAGACACAGCAACACAAAAUUAA